UGCAGGGGACACAGCGGACACAUUGCCUGAGGAGCCCCUUCCUUCUGCCGUGUGCCGCUGUAGACUCCUCCACCCGGAGCUGAGUCCCCGUUGGAGCGUGUGUGAAAGGGGACUCUGCCAGCCUCCAUGGCUCACUCGUCAGACCCGUCCCGCAGGGAGAAGACCCCCGGGACCCAAGGGUCACACACGGCUACGCGCAACCUCUUACGGAAGAAGGAGCAGCGCCGGCGUGGAAUCCGAUCCUCCUCACCCAUGGGCCGGGUCAUCCUCAUCAACUCUCCUGUGGAUGGCGGAGAUGACAGCGAGGACCUCCAUACGAUCACAGUGGAUAAAAGUGUGGACGGCAAGCUCGGCUUCAGCGUGCGUGGAGGCUCAGAACAUGGCCUCAGCAUCUUUGUCAGUAAGGUGGAGGACAACAGUACUGCAGAGGAAGCCGGCCUGCUUGUAGGUGAUAAACUGGUGGAGGUGAAUGGUAUCAGCCUGGAGAGCAUCACCAUGAGCAGUGCUGUGAAGGUCCUGACAGGAAACAACAGGCUGAGGAUGGUGGUGAGACGCGUGGGCAAAGUCCCCGGCAUCCGCUACUCCAAGGAGAAGACCACAUGGGUGGACUUGAUACACAGGCGUAUGGUGGUGGAGGAAAGUGGACGGACACCUUCGGACACCAGCUCAGGAAGCGCCCUCCAAAGGAUCGUCCACCUUUACACCACCUCAGACGACUACUGCCUGGGCUUCAACAUCCGUGGGGGAAAGGAGUUUGGUCUGGGCAUCUAUGUCUCCAAACUGGAUCCGGGUGGUCUGGCUGAGCAGAAUGGAAUAAAGAUGGGGGACCAGAUCCUGGCUGCCAAUGGCGUGAACUUUGAGGACAUCAGCCACAGUAGUGCUGUGGAGGUGCUGAAGAGCCACACGCAUGUCAUGCUGACCAUCAAGGAAGCAGGACGAUACCCUGCUUAUAAGGAGAUGGUGGCAGAAUACAGGUGGCUCAAUAAGCUGGCCAAUGGUAGUCAGAAAUCUUCCUCCCAGGGUUCGGACUCAAACUCCUCAGCCUCCUCUCUGUCCUCCGGGACUCCGGUCAGCUCUCUGAGCGGCCUGUCGCAGGUCAUGUUCCCUCCCAGCCUGCCGUUCGGUUCAGACAUGGUGGAUGUUUGCAUCUCUACUGAGGACCAGAGGUCUGAGUCAGAGCGAACUGAGACCGCCAUCCAGACGGACCUUCCUUCUCAGAAGACGGGUGCAGAAACCACUCGCAGCCUGGGAAGAACCACUCUGCUCAGAGACUCAGUGAUCCGCGCAGAGGAAGCCAGCAGCAGGAGAGAGUCCCCCAAGACAGCCGUGCUGAUGGCUCUCAGCAGGCCGAGCCGACCAAUCAGCAGGUCCCAGAGCCAAGUCACAGUGGCAGAGAUCAAGCAGAAGAAGGAGAAGAAGCAGAAAGGGAAGGACCCCGAGGAGAAGAGCACCCUGCAGCGCUCAAAGACUUUCGUCAACUUGCUAUUCAAGGGUGGACGCAAAAGAGACGCUUCCAGGGGGCGCUCAAAGUCCCCGUCCACAGACAAGGCUGGCAAAGGUCGACAGGUCAGUGUGAUGCCAAAUUCAGAGAUGCUCGGAGUGGUGGAGGACAUGGCCCGCAGGCUGCUGACUGAGGAGGAGGUGGCUGCUGUGAUGAAGACGUGUCGAAGGUACGUGGCAGAGCGGUCAGUGGAGAACUUGAUACGCCACCUGCUGGUCGUGUUGGACAGACCUGAAAAGCUGCUGCUGCUGAGGGAAGUCAGGAUGCUGCUUCCUCCGUCUGACCUGAGUGCAUUCAACAACAUGGUGACCCCCAUCGAAGUGGAGGCCUACGAUAUCCUCAAGUAUCGCUCAAUCCGAACUCCUCCUCUCCGCUCUCCCAUGUCUGGUCGAGCGCCCAAACGGCGCCUCAUCACUCCGAUCCCAGAUUACAGAGGAGGCUUUGAGCUCCACAAUGCUGAGGAGGUGGAGAAGGAGAGCCACCUACUGGAAGAGCUAGAGAAGCUCAGUCUGUCUGCACCCCGGGGGUCCAGGGAGAGGCCCUACACCUCCAGGUCCUUCACCCCGCUGCUGGACAUACCUGUGGAUGGAUAUGACACAGAGUCCGGAGACCUCAGACCCCCCUCCGCCAGCACCAUGCUCCCCAACUGGCUGCUGGCCCGCAGCGAUCACUCCCACCCUCCUCUCCGAACAGACAUCGGCACGAUUCGCUCCGUCCACUUUGACGAGGUUUCACUGCACUCGACUUCAGAAAGAGGAAGGUCCCCGUUCAGAAACGGCCACUCCAAAAGCAAAAAGGAGAAAAGUGGAGACAGGAAUAAAGAAAGUGUGUUCACACUGCAGAGUGCCGCUCGCAGGAGUCGGCCCUUGUUGUCGCAGGUGUUCAGUUCAAGACCAGAUCAACAAGCAGGGAGCGGACAGAUGAACGGACAUCAGGCCUCAUCAGAGAAUGGACUCAAUGGCUCCAACCCUGAACAGGAGUACAAGCUGAAAACUGUCAGCAUCUCCAAGACCAAACAGUCACUAGGCAUCAGUAUAUCUGGUGGGAUGGAGUCGAAGGUUCAGCCGGUGGUGAAGAUUGAGAAGAUCUUUCCUGGAGGAGCCGCCUCCACAUGUGAAGUGCUCAAGGCUGGAUUUGAGUUGGUGUCUGUGGACGGAGUCUCCCUGCAAGGAGUUACCCAUCAGCAUGCUGUCGACAUCAUCCGGAAAGCCUUCAGCAAUAAGGCCAAAGACCCGAUGGUAUUUGUGGUCAAAGUCCCCAAAAACAUUUGAAGAGGACAUGAGACAAUGUCUAGAAAAAUGUCACUGUAAUUAGCAGCCUCUGGGACUAACACAGAGACAGGAAAACUUGAACUCCAGCCCAAACACACUGAUGUGCUCUGAGGUCAGGUAUGUAAUUUUGCCAUUCAUGUUGACACGGACACUGGUGACUGUCCAGCAACUUCCAGGCAGCAGAUCGCAGGACUUGAGAGAAGGCUUACGCAAAUGAAUGAAUACAAUGAGAGGAACUUUGUAACUGCAGAUGCAGCAAAAUACAUUUAUAGUAAAUGAAAUGUGUCCUCAAAGCCUGAAAUAAUGAAAUGGUGCUCCUGAUGCCUUAAUAUUUCACUUUAUCACAACCCAGGAGCCAACACCAGUCAAGAACAUGAUUUUCUUUUUACAUUUUAUGUCAUUAACAUUCAACCCUCUCAAAACAUGUAGAUGUGUCACGGAUCAGCAUUGUAUGUAUGUACUGAAUUUUAAAUGUGCAGGAAGACAAACUGCAAACUGUAACUUGAGUGCCUUUUAAAAGCCCUGUGGACUGAACAUAAAGUCUGACUCCAUGUUUUUAAGUUGGCUUGAAAAUCAAACGUUUGACCUGCAGGGGGCAGACAUGAGCUGUUC